GAUUUAUAUUCAUACAAUCGUCACCUGCUUGGAUUUACUUUUUCUGUGGCAGGGCAUUUCCUUCGCCUUUAUUGCGCACUGGCUGCGAUUUCUUCCUUUUGACGGCACACCAAAAGACUAAUCCGGGGUUUGCUGGCUGCACAAUCCCUGCAGGCGACAGGUUCUGGGCGCUCUCCCUUUCUUUUCCAACGAAUCGAAUCGUGACGUGACUGGACUAUAUUACCGCGGGAUCUGCGUCUUAGAUCGUUUCCUACGACAUAGUAUUUCUUUUUCCCGUUCUUUCCUCCACUGUCAUGGCUGUCGGUUUCGGCGCAAGUUUCCCCUCAACCUCGACUGGUGUCGCAACGGUGGUUUCAAAGGGUGUCUGGUCGUCGGAAAUGGAGGUCACUACAGAAAUGGGAGGAAAGCUGACGGAAAAUACCACUACGACCCCCAUGCAAAUAGAUAAUCAAAUACAAGAAGCCCCGGGCUCUUCUCCUCCUCGUCGGAAACGCUUACUUCUCUCCACCGAGAGUGCUUUUGUCGACAACAUACUUCCAUCGCUGGUUCAGAAUCCCGAUAUCGAAAUACGAUUGAUCACGGACGAACCCUCCGCCCUUCUGUCGGGCGCAAGCAAGGUUCCUCAUUAUAUGGACACGGUGGAUAGUCAAACAUUCGAAAAGAAGACUGGGGCUCGGAAAUGGCUUAAGGCCAAGGCGGCGGAAUUGUGCGAGUGGGCUGACAUGCUGCUGGUUGCGCCGAUAGAUGCUGGAGCGUUGGGGUCGAUGCUAUAUGGGCUGACCAACACGUUGACGUUGGCGCUCCUGCGGGGUUGGAUCUCGUCGAAGCCGGUGGUGCUGAUCCCUGGUAUGACGGUUUCAGAAUGGCACCAUCCACUGAGUAAAAGGCAACUCCGAGAGGUGGCAGAGUUCUGGCCAUGGAUAAGUGUGGUGUCACCGGUGCUGUGGGAAUCGGUCAGUCCGGAGGAGCUGGUUCAGUUACCAUGGGAAGGCUUAAAAGAACUACAUGAAGUUCUCGAACGAACUUUGGGUCUAUCGUUCUCUCAGGUCUCCACUAAGCCUGGCCAGCUUACAGAUUCUACAUACCCGACCGGCAUUUCGGAGCAGAUGCCUGGUGAUGCGGCGUCCACGAUAUCGCGACACCUCCUGCAUCGAAGCAAUAAAACGGAAAAUGGCCCGCGCUCACUACCCAUGGAGCUAUGGCUCAAUAUCUUCGAAGACCAAUUACAUGACUGGGAAAUCGCAAAAGCAGUCGGUAUUCCAACCAACCUGCCCGUGCCGAAGGAAUGGCAAAAUCACCUGUUAAAGAUGUCGACCCCAGCUUCCUUGGAAUACACCAUUCUCAGAGGGUCCUUCGCCGCAAUCAAAAAGCGCAUUGACAGCCUGCCGCGAUGGAAGCCCCUCUCCGACCUUGUAUGCCACCUCAUCUUCAAGUUUUCUCGAACCGAUAUCCUCUCCUACCUCACCGAAAACCAUCUCGAUUUACUCUGGACCACCUCCCGACUCACCAACCUGCCAUACCGCGCAUCCGCCAUCUACGGAAACCCCAACAUCCUCACAUGGUGGCGCGAUGCCCCCGCCCUCCCCAACAAAGAAUACAUCGCCGACGCAAUGGACGGAGCCUCCCGCGCCGGCUUUGUCAACGUCCUAGAAUGGUGGCGAACCUCCGGCCUUGAACUUCGUUAUACCGAGCGCGCCCUUGAAGCCGCCAGUGCCGAAGGCCGAGUAGCCGUCCUCGCCUGGUGGAAAGCCGCCUCGGCCAACGCACCCCCUUCCAACCCCAUCCCCCUCAAAGUCGGCAAAUCCGUCCUCCUUGCUGCCCAAUCUGGCCGCACCGCUUCCCUAGCCUGGUGGGACGCCUCUGGCAUCCCCUACACCCAUGGCGAAUCCGUUGCCCGCAUCGCCAGCACACAUGGCCACGUCCACGUCCUCGACUUCUGGUACCGUCUGAAAGGCGCCAAGAUGAUCUUCGACAGCCAAGUUCUCGUCGGGCCCACCAAGAAUGGUCACGACAACGUCCUGGAAUGGUGGCGUCGCAGCGGACUCCGCGUCGAGUUCAAAACCUGCGACAUCGAAGAAGCUCUCGAAGACGCGGACCCGGUCUCUGGUGCUGAAGAGCGUGUCCGCAAAUGGUGGGCCCGGAACGGGCUCAACCUGGGUGUCGGGACGAGUGAGUGGAUGAAGACGAAAGUGUUGUGAUUGAUAAGGUUUUUUUUUUUUCACACUCUGACUUGUUAAGAUACCUCAUUUCUU